AUGCGAUGCGCAUUUAACGGAGUUCAGCACAGCAGACAUCAGACGCACACACACAAGAAGCUGGUGAGCUCGCAUCUCCGUCCUGCAGCCAUGUCCGGUGCCGAAGAGCCGCGUACUCCUCCACCAGCUCCUUCGUCCCGUACGCCGUCGGCACCACGACGCACACCCGUGGGGAAUUUACGCAUCACCUUUGGACGACAGGCUGCGCAAAUCCAGGUCUAUGCAGGCGACAGAGCCGGCGAUGUAGCUCUGCGGGCACACCUGCUGCUCGUCGAACCCGAGCCUCUCUUCGUCGACUGGAAGUCCUUCCUGUACCACGUCUCAGAAGCUCCGUGGCAGCCACCGCCACAGCCGGCCCUGAACUUAGUCGACCCGAAUGGCACGGUCAUAGACAACGACGAACGCUUCUACACCAGCAGUGAAGUGGAGGGUGCGAUCUUCCAGCUCUUCCUUGGAAACAACUCCUGA